AUGGCCGAACUUCCCUACGAUUGUUUGCAACCUGCGCCAGCGUUCACCUUCUGCGCCGUUGAUUACUUCGGCCCGUGGCAUAUUAAAGAGGGUUGGAAAGAGCUCAAGCGGUACGGCGUAUUGUUUACUUGCCUAUCAUCGCGGGCGAUUCAUCUUGAGACGGCGAAGUCGUUAGAGACGGAUUCCUUUAUCAACGCUCUGCGUCGUUUCCUGGUUCGACGCGGGCCCAUUCAACAGCUCAGGUCGGACCGGGGUACAAACCUAGUAGCUGCUCGACGCAAAUUGAAAGAAGCUUUGCAACAGAUGGAUAAAGAGAAAGUGUGA